AUGCACCCACGUCGAGGCUUCCAGCAACCAAUAGGCUCUCAAAGCAAUAAGGAACGACAGACACCAAAACGUAAGGACCAAGUUGCAAGCAAGCCACUUCCGCAACAACAUAUCAUGCCCAAAUCAAUCCAAGCCAAUUCUGCAAUUCAACCUCAAAUUAAAACAAUCGUUCCGCAAAGUCAACAGGUUCAAAAACCUAAUGUCAUUGUACACCAAAAGCUGAGAUACCCUCCAAUCCGCCAUGAACUUCUCAAGCACUAUGGUAUUAGAAGUACAACUGACGAUGAUCAAAUCGCUGAUAUUAUUUUUCCAUCGUUAAGACUAGCUUUCAUUGUUGUUGGAAUUGAGAAUGUUAUUCUUCCCAAUUACUCGGAGCAGCUUCAACCGACAAUGACUCAACACCAUUCCUCUCAAGUAACAGAUUUCUCAAAGCUUAGAAAAGCAACUCUGGAGGACAUUUGUUCUAUUGGCUCUAUAUUCGAGAGAUCUUUUGUGAUGGUCAUGAUCAACAACAAAAAUCAUUUAGGAAAGUUUGUAAUGUUACAAAACAUGCUUACUUCUCAUGUCAUUCAAAGGCAAACAAAUAGAGAAUUGUACCUUAAAACUCAUGAUCAUCAAUCGAUCAUCAAUGGUAAGAGAAAAAGAGAAGAUCCGAAUGCAGCCAGUAGCAACACCAAUACAGACAUGGAAAGCCUUGCUCCAUACCGACCUCCGCAAAUACUUCCUUGUAGCUCAACAUCAAAGAUGAUUCAAUGCAUUCAAGAGUUAAGUAAGGUAGAAGGACGCAAGCAGCGAGUGAAACAUAGUGAGAAGGAAUUAGAAGAAUUCAUGAAUCAGCAUCAAGCAACUGCAGAGCGAGCAUUUGUCAACUCUUCUAUUGCUCAUGGUCUGUCUAGUUAUGAAGCAAGUGUUUUGUUACAAGGAAUGGGUUCUGUCUCAAAGGUCAUUCUGUGCGAAUCACCUCAAGAAAUUAUGAAUCGAACCCCACUUGAGAAAGGGAAAGCCAAAUUAAUUUUUGAAUUUUUCAACCCUUCCCAAUACAGCCACGAUCAAGAAUCGGAAAUGUUGGAUGAAUGA